GGCGAACGAGGAUUAAAAUAGUUAUUAUAGGACGUGAAUUGUAUUACAGUGCAGGAACAGUGUUGUGGUAUAAAAAUGACGAUCGGAAAAGUAGGUGCUUUCGAAUUGAAGACGGGGCUGUGGUCAUCGUACAUUGACCGUUUGGAAAUGUAUUUUACGGCUAAUGGAGUGGAGGAAUCCUUGAAGUUACCGACGUUAAUAGCAGUCAUGGGGGACGAAGCAUAUGAAUUGCUAGUGAAUUUAGCCAGUCCCGAAAAGCCGUCAACUUUAGCGUACGAGGAGGCGGUUAACUUGUUACGCGGCCAUCUUGAACCGGCACCGUCAUCGUUAGCAGAACGUUACCGUUUCAGACAAAGGAGGCAGGCAACCGAAGAAAAUAUCGCCACGUAUGUCGCGGAGUUAAAGAAGAUGUCUCGAUUUUGCAAGUUCGGUAAAAAUUUAAGUGAUAAUUUGCGUGAUCAAUUUAUUUGUGGGUUAUGCAGCGAUAUUAUCAGGCAAAGGUUAUUUGCGGAGGAUGAUACGAUAUCAUAUACAGAGGCAGUUAAGCUUGCAACAUCGUUGGAGGCGGCGGAACGGGACGCGGCGGCGGUAGAAGCAUCGUCAUCAAAUACUUUUAGCAAUACAUCAGCUGGGUCCGGAGUUAACGCUAUUAAAUUGGCGAGAACCGGUCGGCCGGCUAGUCGCGGAGGACGCGGCGGAGGCGGGGGAUGGCGGGGAGCACGCGCAGGCUCGAUGACAGCGCGGGACGUCAACACGACCGAUAGUGGCUCAUAUGGUAGUAUGCGCAGCGGGAGUAUGCGUAAUUAUUAUUGCUCGGCCUGCGGCGCUUACAGUCACAACAAUGAAACAUGUCGUUUCCGGAACUACCAAUGUAGCAAGUGUCAACAAGCGGGUCAUUUGCGACGGGUGUGUCCGAAUUGGGGCGCAACGGGGACGUCGCGAGGAGGGGCCCGACGGCACACAGCGGCGGGGUCGCCGCGGCAGCGUCUGCACUUCGGUGAAGCCGAACAGCCGUCUGAGGACGAAUGUGACGGGGAUAUCGAGACAGAAUUGCACCAUCUUUGCUUGAACAAUUACAAACCAGUAAGUGUAUAAUGAUCUAUUCAGCGGCGGGCUGGGACGGUAUACGGGUGGACUGGCAACUCUGCGCGUGAGAGAUGGCGCGGUGCCCGUGUUCCACCGCGCGCGACCGCUGCCGUACGCGCUGCGCGAGCGAGUCGACGCCGAGCUGGAUGCCAUGCUGCGCGCCGGCGUCAUCGAGCCCGUCGAAUGCUCCGACUGGGCCUCCCCACUGGUACCCAUUAAUAAGCCGGAUGGUUCACUAAGAAUUUGUGCCAAUUAUAAAUGUACACUAAACCCGUCCUUACUGGUCGAUCGUUACCCCCUGCCUAAAAUUGAAGA